ACACAGAAAUCCCGGCCCGCUAAGAUAUGGAAACACAGUAACACAUCACGACUACCAAAUCCAGGCCGGACAGGAUAAAUUUCUUCAAGGGAUGCCAGCCGAGUGCCAGUAUGACAUUUAUGCCCAGGCGCUAGCCAAGACCCAUUGUUCCCAAUGGGUCCCCAAUAUCCCCCGGAAUAUCCCAUUCCCCAUUCUUUCAUUCAUUAUGUCUAUUCAAAUCAUCAUCCCACUACGCUCGAAUGCACGUAUACAUGUCACGUGACCUAAGCCAACAACAAUAUCCACCGACGCUAUGACUCAACUCGACCCGUGGAAUGCGAGUAACCUGAGCCAAAAAUUUUCAAAGAAACAUGUUAUGUUAAUGAAUCAAGUACAAAAUUACCGUGGAUUACAAACAAAGCAGUCCAGCUGAGUGAUAACAAACUAUAGCGGGGAGCUGGUAUAAGACUCCACCCUUUGCAUCACCCUUUAAUACCCCCACCACCAUCUACCACAAUGGAUGAGUCGGAUGAAGAUGUGUAUGUCUCCCAACUCAAAGAAUUGUUUGCCGGCUGUGAUACCAAGGGACUUGGUCGCCUUGGUGCAGCGGAGCUGACGGAAUUGUGUUCCAAGCUCCAGCUAGAAGGACAGGUGGAUCUCCUCCUGGAGCAGCUACUUGGCAAUGAUACCUCAAAGAUGGUUGACUUUGAUACCUUCAAGGAGGCCUUUGUGAUGGUGCUAUCAUCAACAGUUGAUCUAGAUGGUGUAGAAGUAGGAACUGAUAUUGAUCAGGAAUACAGUAUGGGUAGCUUCCCCAAUUCAGCUGACCUGAUUGAUGAAGUAUCUCCCAAGUAUGUGAAGGAUGGGAGGCGAUAUGGCAGAAGAUCUCAUAUAGACUUUGAUGUGACGGCAGACUUCUCUGAAGUGGACGAUGAUCUGAUCAGUAAUGAGCCCAAGUCCUUGGCUGAAGAGCUUGGUCCGAUGCAGUCUUAUCACGAGAGUAGUGAACAGAGUGCUAAUAGAAAGUCCAAGUCUUAUGUAGAGGAAAACGUUGAGGCACCUGAGAUUGAACAUGAUGAUAGACGGUCCCAUUCACAUUCAGCAUCUCACCGGUCUAACCCUCCUGAACCACCACAAAAUGAGACGUUUGAAGCAGAAGGUCAGAUGAAUGGAUCAAUGAGUGUAUAUGAUCAAGGUCAAUCAGAGGCAGAGCAGGUACAGGCUAUCUGGGAGGAGGUCGGGGUAGGCAAGGAUGGCUUCUUAGAUAUCAACGAACUAGCCGUCGUGUGUGAACACAUCGGCAUGGAAGACAUGGAUAGAACGGAGCUGAAGAAUCUGUUCAACAAGCUUGACCGGGACGAAGACGGGAAGGUGGGUUUUGAGGAGUUCCUGGAUGGACUCUUCAGGACGGCUGGUAUCCGUACCCCUGCCCCCCUUACCCCACUAUCCCUUGCCCCCACCCCCAGUCUCCUAUCAUCCCAGAUAGCAGCUAAGAGAAGAAUGCAAGUAAGUGCCAUGGAUGAGCCCAUGUACAGGACAGCCACCCCUUCAUUGCUCAUGGCUCAACCGAUCACAAAGCUCUUCAGUGUGCUGGAUGCUAAUAAUGCUGGUUUCACUACAAUGGAUGCUGUAAGUGAGCAGUUGAUGGAACAAGGUAUCUACAACCCUCAAGAAGUGCUAGAGGCCCUGGAUAUAUACCCAGAUGUGAGUGGUAGGAUCAAUCUAGAAGGUCUGUCUAUGGCUCUAGAUAACAUUCUUAUGACAGCGGGAGAGAAUAAUGGUGUCUACCAGGCCGCUCUUACCUCAUACCAAAGUGAACUCAAAUACCUCAGGUCUUUAAACGAUCAACUAACAACAGAGCGAGACAAACUCAAGAUGGAUAUUGCUGAAGCAAACAGACAGAACUCAAGCCUUGUCCAGGAGAUUGAUGAUCGUCAUGCCAACAUUGAGAAAACUAAUGAAACCAAAUUGAGAGAUAUGGAGAGGAAAUACCAGGAGAAGAUCAACUCACUUCAAGCUGAGAUAGAGAAAGAACGAGAGAUGAUCUCAUCGCAAGCCACUAAUCAGACCACUAAGCUACUGGAUGAGAUGGAACAACUCAGAGGAGAUGAAGCACUCUCAAAAGAAAGAUUACAGAACAUUGUAGAGGAUAAUAAUCGCAUUGAGCAGGAUCUGAAUGAUGCUAUGGAGAAGCUAUUAGAGUACGAGAAGACAAUAACCAAGCAGCAGAGAGAUCUUGAUGGAUUCUCAGAGCUUGAGGAAAGGUUGGCUGAAUUGGAAACUAGCAGAGAUGGUGUUUCCAAGCAGCAGGAGGUUUACUAUGAGCAGAGCCUCAGAGAUAUGCAGGAACACAUGCGGACAUUGCAAGAUCAAUUGGAUGAGACAAGUCAAGAGAAUGAGCUCUUGAAGCAUCAAGCAUCAGAGAGGAAAGUGAGGAGGAAAGGAAGCAAGUUACAGGGUGGACCUCGACGCGGAGGCUCAGUCCUCUCAGACUAUACCAAUAAACCAUCGGUGGUUAAAAGGAACCUUAACUCCUCAUCAGAUAAUGAUGAUUCUGAGCUUGAUGAGUUGGAUCCCAAAUCUAAGAGACGUCUUCCUCAGGUCAGCGGUAUCCCGGAGGAAGAAGAAGAAGAUGAACUUAGCGGAGAGAUACAGAAACGACUUGAAGAAGAGAAAGCCAAGCUUGAAGCCAAGAUUGAGUCUCUGAAAGAGCAACAUCUUGAAGAAAUGGAAGAAACUAAGGAAACCUUUGAGACGGAAAUCAAGGAGAUUGAGAAACGUUACAGACAGGAGAUGAGGGAGAUGGAGGAAAGGUUUGAGCAGGAGAGUGCCAAGUUAGCCAACGACCUUGAGGAGAAAGAGAAGGAUUCCGAAGAGGAGAAGGUAUCGCUUGCUAUGCAGUUUGAGGAGGAGAAGGCUCAACUGAUGGAAGAGUUUGAAGGAGAGAAGGCUGCCCUAGAGCAAGCCUUUGAGAUCAUGAAAACAGAACUUGAGGAAACUCUCAAGAAUGAAUUUGCUGAUGAGCUGAAUGGUAGACUUGCAGAACAGGCAGCAAAGUUUGAUGAAGAAAGGUUGUCUCUAGAGGGCGCUCUUACAAAUGAUAAAUCUAAGCUUGUCUCUGAGAUCCAGCAGGUCAGGGAAGAUGGUGAGUCCAAGCUCAGGAAUCUCAAGAUGGAGCUAGAAGUUCAGCACCUUGAAGAGAAAGAAGAUCUGGAGUCCAAAUUCGAGGAGGCGAGGGAGGAUCUCCGUCGACAGCUCCGGGAGAAACAGAAUGAGCUGGAUUCCAUCCUUGAUGAUGGAGAAGUGGGGUUGAAAGGCCAGCUCAAAGAGGAUUUCAUUCUCCUGUUGGACCAGCACAAGCAGGUGACUGAGAAUGACUUCCUGGAGAAGCUGGAGGUGGAGAAGGAGGCUCUGAGUCUCCAGCUUCAAAAGGAGCGACAGGAGAUGCAGGACGAGUUUGACAAGGAGAAGUAUGAACUCUCGGAUGCUGUCAGUGGAGAGAAGUCUGAACUCCUAGAACACUUCCAGAGGGAGACAGAUGAAAUGAUUGAGAAGCAUCAGAGGGAGAGGAAUGAAGCUGAGGAGAGAUUCAAGGCUGAUAGGAAUAAGAUGGCAGAUAAACAUCGUAAAGAGAUUGAUGAUCUUAUGAGGAUGAAUGAAGAAUCCAUAGAGGAUCUGAAGAAACAGCAUGCAAAGGCUAUUGAUAAACUCCAGAAAGAGAAGAAUAAACUGGAGGAGAAGCUGGAGAAGGAGAAAAGGAGACUGGAGGAGCGUAUGAAGACAGACAAGGAGCGAUGGGAGGAGGAGAAUGCUAAAUUGAAGCUACGACAUGAGCAGGAGCUGCAGCAAGCUAUGAAGGAGGCCGAGAGGGAGAGAAACAUGAUGGAGAUGGCUGUCAGGGUUGAGGUCCAGAGAGAUGUAAAGAAGGAGGUGACCAAUGAGUAUGAGGAGAAGAUGGAUCAAGUCAAGACAGAAUAUGAGGAUGAGAAAGCAGAGAUGAUAGCAGAGAAUGAAAUGCUGCAGAAUAAACUAAGAAUGGCUGAGGUGGCUAAAGAGGAAGCUGUAGUAGCUAUUCAUAUGCAAACACAGGAAGCAGCAUUACAGCAAGCCAGGCCUGAUAGGGCUUCUUAUGAUGCACUUUCUACUGAGCGUGACCUUCUCAAGGUCGCACUCUCUGCGUCCGAAGAGAAAUUGAAGAUGAUGACAGAAAAAGCAGACUCGACGAGUAAAGAUCUUCACACCUUGGAGACAAAGCUGAUUGCUCUAGAGACAGAGAAAUCUCGACUCAAGAUGGAGCUAGAGGAUCUCAACAAAAAGUACAUCAACAUGCAGAUGCAGGUCUCAGUAGCAAGUUCACAGCAUUCCAGGGAGCUGGAACGGGUACGGCAGAAGCAGACUCUGGAGUUCCAAGGAGAGCUGGGCCAUCUCAGGGAAGAACUGGCCCAGAGAGAUGGCAGGAUCAAGGAGCUUGACAGGCAGAUCAGGGAGAAAGCCGAAGAACUCAAGAGGGCGCUGUCUAUCGGGAAGGAGACAGAGGGGUCGGAGGUUAGGAAGAUGAGGAGAGGGAAGGAGGAAGCAGAGAAGAAGUACAGGAAGAUGAGGGCUAUGUUGGAGGAAUACAUGAAGAAACUCAAAGAUCAGCUGGCUAAAACAACUCGUCAUGAUGUCCUUCUCAAGGAGCUGUAUGUGGAGAACUCAAAACUGCAGAGGACAUUGCAGCUAACAGAGGAAAGACAGAAAACAGCAGAAAGAAACUGUCACAACCUGGUCGAGAAGAACCAAGCGUAUCUAAACAUUCUUAAGAAGGUAUGUCCUGCAGCCGUCUGAAGAGGUUUGAUCAAGAAGAUCACAUUGAUUCAUGCAGAACCUGAUAAAGAUGUGCCUUUACAUUUUGAAGAAACUACAAAAGAUAUCAGAAACUGCCACAAUCUGAUGGAGAAAACCCAAGGAUAUCUGAACAUUCUGAAGGUUUAUCCUGUAGCUGUCUGAAUGGGAAUGAUGUAGAAGAACACUCAAGGAUUGACUCAGAUCUAGAUGGAGACAUACCUUGACAGAAGAGGACAGAUGUGUCCUGCAGCCAUCUGAAUGGGAUUGAUUUGGAUAGCAAAGAUAAGAGAGUCUAUGUGAAUAUGAGCUGAACUUUCAGAACCUGAUAGAGGUGUAUCUGGACAUUCUGUAUGAAGAAAGAAAACUGUGGAAGGAAAUCGUCUCGAGAGAUGCAGCAGAGAGAAGGAAUUCUGAGACCUCUGGAGAAAAUACAAUUCGAGGGUAGGAGGUGAUGAAUGUUAAACAUUCUCUGAACUUUCUGUCCAACAGCAUGUAAAAGAAAUCAUUAAAUUUUAAGAAUUAAUGAAUAAAUCGUAGAAGUGUGUCAAGGGUUGUUGCAAGACAAGAUUGUCAUUGAAAGACUGUCCAGCAGUUGUUUCAGAAGUUCUAUGCAAAUAUGAAAUAGGUUAUCAGUACUUUUUUAAGCAUAUUGGCCUUACCCCAGUACUCUCAAGUGACUGCACUGUGUGUAAAAGGGUUCAGUCAAUAAUAUAUGAUUAAGUUGCCUUGUCAGAGUCUUUCAGACACAACUUUCUUGUAUGUACACCUAAUAUUCCAGACUGGCCUAUCACCAAGAUUUCCUGAACAUUGCAUUUAGAAAUAUUCAAGAUGACAGUCAUCAUCUAUUGACCACUCAGGUAAUUGGGUUUUGUUUGAUAGCAAGAUAAAUGUCUAAAAGGAAAUUAUAUCAAUCAUAAUGCCAGUUGGUUAUGUCCACCAAAAUUGUAUUGUCAAACAUUCAUUUGAGGAAUUUCAUUCAAAAUGUUAUUGAAUGCUUUAUAUUCUAUUGAUAUUACAUUCAUGUAAAUUACAUGUAUUCAAAUGGAUAGACAUUCCAUUCCAUAAGUAUAUGAAAUAUAGAUUUGUAUAGAUUAUUACAAAUACCGUCCUAUAUUUGGAAUUGUAUAAAUGUACAUAUUUUGUAAAUGCUGCAAUUUUUUAUAUUUAUAAGUUGUAAAUAGAUGUAUACAUAUUUAUUUGUACAUAAAAUGCCUUUAGGUUUGUGUCUUUCAGAACGGUAGCGAUAAUAAAAUUAGAUUCGAUCAAUGUUAGUAAUUUUAUAAUUGAUUCAAUUGAUUAUAUUGAGAAAUAUUCAUCAAAUGAUGUUCUCUUAAUUAAUUCAGUAAAUAGCAACAGUAAAUUCUAAUUUUUGUCACUUUUAAUUAUGCACAUUCAGAGAUUUCUUUUAUAAUUCCAAAACCAUGGUUCUAUUUUAUCAGGCCUAUAAUGUUUUGUGUGAAGUGUGGUAAAUAUGUGUCAGCUAUUAUAUUUUGUGCAGAAUAUAUUUCCCUAUUUGUGUGUCUUGUGUCGAUUUACUUGACCAUCGACAGCUGUCAAGAUUUACACAGAGCAACCUACAUGUCUAUGAAAGAUGGACAGUGAAAGGCAGGUAUCAUAUCAAGUGAAUAAAUACAAGAGCUCCUAAACCAUCAA